GUCUAGUCGAAUUAACUGCACUUCAACGCGCUUGCAACGAGCUUUUGCACGGUAAAAAAAACAUGAAAUUCGCGGUAGCUUUCGUCUGUCUGGUGGUUUCGGCUGUCGUAGCCGUUCCGGUGCCCAACAAGGAUGCCCAGAUUGUGCGGUUCGACAAUGACCACAAGGGAAUCGACGGAUACAGCUACCAGGUGGAAACGAGCAACGGCAUCCAGCAGCAGGAAACGGCCGAGCUGCGAUCAUUCGGAGAUGACAACGCUGCCAUUGUGGUCCGCGGAUCGUACUCCUUCACGGCUGACGAUGGCCAGGUUUACACCGUUAACUACAUUGCCGACGAGAACGGAUUCCAGCCAGAGGCGCCUCAUCUACCCAAGGCUUAGUUCUGGAAAAGAUACCGCGAUGGACAGUUUGUGAAAAGUGUGUUAAUAAAAAGUUAAAAUUUGGUGAAAAUAA